UUCGGUCACACCGCGAAGUUCGCUCGGAGUUCACUGGAACGUUCCGAUUGUCAGGCGACACGGACGUAGCAGACAGCUCCCAACAUGGCUGCCUCUAUUCCUCACUACGAGAUUUCCGUGGACACAACAAAGAUCCAGGAUGGAGCGAGAGAAAUUAUCAAACGUGUUAAACCUGCAUGGGACAUACAUAGUCUUACAUUUAAGCUCUUCACAGAGGGAAUUACCAAUGCUCUUGUCGGAGGAUACCAGCCAGACAACAAAGAUGACAUGGUUCUUGUACGGAUCUAUGGGGAAAAGACGGAGUUGAUCAUUGACAGGCAGGCAGAGAAGGAUACCUUCAUCCUGCUGAGUGGGGCAGGAUGUUCCCCACCCCUCUACUGCACCUUUACCAACGGCAUGGCUUAUGGCUUCGUGAAAGGGGUGCCUCUUGAUGAGAAGAUGGUAAAGGAUGCUAAUAUAAGGACUCUGAUAGCCAAGGAAAUUGCCAAACUGCAUUCACUUAAAAAAUCAGAUCAAGGGACCUCUAAUCCUGUACCCUAUAUCUUCACAAAGAUACAGAACUUUAUCAACUUGGCACCUGACAGUUUCCCUGAGCAAGAGAGACAGAAGAUUUUCGAGGGUGAGUUACAGUCCAAGGCAGCAAUUCAAGAAGAGUUCAACAUGUUGAAGGGGCAUCUAGAGGCUCUCACCUGUGAUGUUGUCUUCUCCCACAACGACUUGCUGCUGCAGAACAUUGUGUUUGACAGUCAGUCAAAUAAAGUUGGUUUUAUAGACUACGAGUAUGGUUUUUACAACCUCCAAGCAUUUGACAUUGGUAAUCAUUUCAACGAAUACGCUGGUGUAGAUGAAGUAGAUUACAGUCGUUUUCCUGACCGUGACUAUCAGUUGUCAUGGAUACGUAUUUACCUGGAGGAGUAUUAUUCACUUAUUGGGAGGCAGUCAACAGUCAGUGAUACUGAUGUGGAGAGACUUUAUGUACAGGUCAACAAGUGUGCCUUAGGUUCUCAUUUCUUCUGGGGAGUCUGGGCACUUAUACAAGCCCAAAAUUCCAAGAUUGACUUUGAUUUCCUAGCAUAUUCAGUUACAAGAUUUAAGGAAUAUUUCCGAAGACGGGAUGCGUUCUUGUCUUUGAAGGAGCCUCUGAUUUAACAUCAUCAACCACAGUGAAAUUUACUCUCAGUCCAAUAUUCAAAGGCGUCUACAAUAUCCUAAUAAUCAUCUAAGUAGGGUUUAGUAAUGCCAGGUAAUAUUAUAUACACAUUUUGCAAUUCACAGAGGGCAUAAGUGUGAAAAAGAUAUUGCUUUAAUUCUACAUAUUCAAAGACAACAUGACUCAUCAUUUUGAUGUAUGUAAAAACAUUGCAUAAACUACUGGAUUCAAUGACAUAUUGAUCAUCAAAACUAUAAUCUCAUUCAACACUAGGGGUGGGUAUUGCAGAGAAUUUUCAUAUUGCGAUAUAUUGCGAUGCGAAAGCAUGUAUUGCGAUAUGUAUUGCAAUAUAUUGCAUGAAGUAUUUUUAAACAAAAAACUAC